GAAGCAAAAUGUGCCUAUUCCAUUAUCAUCAUGGCUGUGUUUUGGAUAACAGAAGCUCUUCCGAUAGCUGUGACAUCACUAUUACCAAUCAUUCUCUUUCCUAUGACUGGACUGUUGUAUGCAAAAGAUGUAUCUAGUACAUACCUUAAUGAUACAGCAGCUCUGUUUCUUGGAGGUCUUAUUGUGGCAGCCGCCAUUGAACAUUGGAACAUACACAAACGUCUUGCACUUAGAGUCCUUAUGCUUGUUGGUUCAGAGCCAAGAUGGUUAAUGUUUGGGAUGAUGUUACCCACGUGGUUCCUGUCGAUGUGGAUCAGUAAUACAGCUACUACGGCCAUGAUGAUUCCUAUAGCUAACGCUGUCCUUGUUCAGAUAAAAGAAACACGAGAGUCAGAAAACAAGGACGAUAUCAAAGUUGUUGAUCAUGGUGAUGUUGACAUUGAACUGAAAGUUACCGUGAAGAAUGGUACAAAAAAUAUGACCAACGGAAACCUCGACAAAGACAAUGAAAAACAUUUGGUGGACAACACUGAGGGACAACACAAGAAAAAGAAAACUGAAGACGCAGAGUACUCGCGCAUGUGUAAAGCCCUGUCGUUAGGAAUAGCUUAUUCUGCUAACUGUGGGGGCGUUGCUAGCCUUACCGGAACUGGUCCUAACGUCAUCAUGAAAGGAGCCGCAGACACUGCUUUUCAAGAGAAAAACGCCACAUCUCCUGUCACAUUUACUACAUGGAUGCAAUAUUGUUUACCAAUAUCAGCCAUCAUUGUGAUAUUUGUAUGGUUGUGGCUUCAGGUUUUAUUUCUACGCUGCAAAACAUAUAAUAAAAGUUCCCCUGAACAAGCAAAGAAGGUCAGAAAUGUUAUAAGACAACAGUAUGAAGAACUUGGAUCAAUAACUUUUGGACAGGGAGCAGUCAUUAUUCACUUUGUUCUGCUGGCACUGUUGUGGGUCACCAGAGAUUUAGGGGGAGUUGGAGGAUGGGGUGAUAUUUUUCCAGAAAAAACCGUGACAGAUUCCACUCCAGCCAUUUUAAUCGCUAUCAGUCUCUUUCUAUUUCCCUCUGUUCUGCCACACAAAUUUCAAGAAAAGGGUAAACCUUUACCGCCCCUUCUUCCAUGGAAAGCCGCUGAAAAGAUGGUACCAUGGGGUGUGAUUUUAUUGCUUGGGGGAGGAUUCGCUUUGGCAAAAGGAAGCAAGGAUUCUGGGUUAUCGAAAUUGAUAGGAGAACAAUUGACAGUGUUUAAGGACUUUGAACCCUGGGUGAUGAAUCUUGUACUAUGCUUUAUAGUAGCAGGUGCCACGGAAGUUACAAGUAACACAGCCAUAUGUACACUGAUGAUGCCAAUUAUGAAAGAAUUGGCUACUACGCUUGAGGUCAACCCGCUAUACUUCAUGUUUCCGACGGCCAUCGCUACAUCCUUUGCCUUUAUGCUUCCUGUCGCUACUCCACCUAAUGCAGUUGUGUUUUCUUAUGGUUUUGUCAGAGUAUUAGACAUGGUGAUAGCCGGAUUUCCAUUAAAUAUCAUAGCUGUUUUGGUAUUGGUCAUUGGAACGGAAGUAUGGGGAGAAGCAAUAUUUGGUUUUCAUACACUUCCAGCUGCGUUUCAAGUAUCAAACGAAACGUCAACCUUGUUCAACAAUUUGUCAAUAUCAACUAUUAAUCCGUUUAAUGCAACUACCUGA